AUGGAGCUAAACUGGGAUAAUUUAGAGUCACAUACAGUUCCUAUUCUCAGGCAAGCAUGCAAACAUCGCGGUAUUUCCAUUACAUCAUCAAUGAGAAAGGCAAACAUUAUUUCUUGCUUGCAAGAUUACAAGAAUGAAAAGAUGUCGAUGAAAAAUAAUAGAGAAAAUGUCAGUAUGAAUAUCAUUCAAGAUUCAUCGACCGUCAAACAGAUGCUCUUAACUCCAAUAUCACUCCCGAGAGGAGGUUCUUUUAAGAAGCCGAAGACCAAAUUACCAUUUUUGCAACCUAAUGAUCCAGAAAAUGAGGAAAAACAUAUUUCAUUAGUUCAAAGAUCUCCAAUUCCAGCAGGGAAGAAUACAAUACAAAACAUUCAAACUCCUCCUAAAAUACCUAUCGACCAGCAAGUUACGCCAAUUAUACUUCCGCAAAAGAAAGUGACUUUCAACACUCGUACAUCACCAAGUGUUGCAUCACUUAAAGCACCACUUGCUUUUAGCAAUAGAAGGAAAAAUUCUAAGAAAAAAUAUACCAUGCUACUCGUACUCUCUAUUGUGGCACUAAUUCUCUUACUAAGUUUCCACUCAUUCCUCAAUUGA